AUUUUCUUACAAUUUGGUUAUUAUUUCAGAGUAUUUAACUAUUUCGGGUCGACAAUGGUGUUAUGUGCAUCCUAUAACUCACGUGCCCAUUCCUCUAUUCUCCCCUACGACUAUGACGAUUGCGACGAUGGUGAUGUCUGUCGAUACGAGGUGCCUACGAGUAUGCCGCGCGGUGGUGUUGUAGUACCCACAUCGCAGCCGAUUUCUCUCAGGUCUCCCUAUUCUACGGACGAUGACUUGGCCGACUCGCCUCCGAUGGAGCGACUUUACUCUCCGCUCUCUUCGUCGGCGGAGUCUAUAAGCUCCAUCAAAUCGAGUUCGUCGUCGCGGUCUUCGGCCGAACGCGAGAUUGAGCGACAGCAGCGUCGGCAGUUGCUCGAUGCCAGCCUGCUCAAGAUGCGCGCCUCCAACAACAUGCCUCUGCGGAAGCAUCUGCUCGUGUAUAACACCGUCAAGCAGCUCCAGCGCGAUCUGGAUUUGCUCGACGACGAGGAGCUGUACUGCAACCUAAUGGGCGAAGGCUGCGGCGAACGUAUGGAUGUUGACGAACGUCGUUGGCCAUCAUUUGGUGGCAUCGGCGGCACGACGGGUUCGCCCUGCAUGACAAUGACAUCUUCGUCCUUGCCGUCGUUGACGUCUUCAGAAGGUGAUGUUGUCGUGUCUUCGGCGGCGGCGACGGCGGCUGCGGUCACUUCUGCGACUGCGACGGUUGCACCUCCGCAGCAAGAGGAGCGCCGCGUAGCUGAGGAGGCCACUUCUCUUAUUUCUGAUGAUCUCGACAUGGACGUGUGUCAGCAGAUGCCCCAACAGCAGCAGCAGGCUCCGACCUGGUCAUGGACAACGACUGAUACUACCUCGACUACUACAACGACCACAUGUGGUGGUACGACCAUGACCGGCUCGGGCGGCUUCCAUCUGUUCGAAUCCAUCCAGGAUGCUCUGGGCGAAUCGUUUGCGGGUUGGAGUUGGUCAACAGAUGACACGAGCAGUUACAGCAGUAGCAAUAGCAGCACUAGCAGCAAUAGCUAUAGCAGUUCGGACCUGUGGUGGAGCGCAGGUGGCUCGGGUUCCGCGACGCCAUUUGGCGCAACAUCGCGUCUCGAUUCGCUAUGGGGAGUUGGAGCCGACCCGCUUGGCGCCGCUAACCUGAGCCGUUUCGAGCUACAGCAUCUGUUCCCAUCACAGGUGCUGCUUCAAGCUUAAACGCCGACGUUCACACACACGCAAGUGCUCUUCGCUCACACCACGACGCGGCGGAGUGUGUGUGAAUGUGCUCUCAAUCCAGAACAACCAAGAAAGAACAACAGUCAUCUGCAACCCACUUCGAUCUCUGGCGCUUAGCCGGUGUUUUGUCAUACUCUUCCAUCCAUUCACCAUCACACACAAACCUGCCUGGUUUCCGGCUUGGCGCCGGCAAUCCUAUCCAAAACAAAACUGGUCCCUCCGUGUAACACAUCCUCAUUUCAUGCAACAUGUUUUCAUCAUCAUCGGUGUUUUCAUUUUCUCUCCUCAUUACAUUUAUUAUGUUUUUGUUCUCACUCUCGUCGUGUAUAGUAAGUGUGAUUACGGCUCAUUGAGCGCUUGAAGCAGUCCUUUAGUUUAGUCGCAGUUAGAGUCAGAGUUUUGUGUCAGUUUGCCAAAAAAUUUGCGAUACAUCUCCAAUCUCUCUCUCGAAAUUUUGUGAUUGUACCAAUUGUGAUGGUCAGGAGGGUCAACGGCGGUACCAUCUGGGCGAUCCCCACUGCCUUUACUAAGUUUUCGAUUAGAGUUUUUCGGAUCGUCUUGCAUAGUCUCUGAAUUUGAUCGCUGUUGACCUUCCUCCUACAGCCAGAAACCUCAUUCUCAAGCGUGUAUUCGCUGCCCGGUCGACGUCACCACUCCCCCCUUACCUACCUUAGGUUAUGGUCCUUUCUCUAGUUGUGUUUUUCCCGUAACUUACGCUAAACUACUUCAGUUUUACUGGUGACGUUGGUUGCUCUAGCGGUGUAUAUUCGUAGCUUUUAGUGUAUUACGAUUAGUGUGACUAGGGUAGUCUCUUGUUGACAUAAGACACAGCGUGUGUAUAACGAGUGCAAAACGUAAGGUAGAGCCAGCCACAGAAGCACGCAUCCGAUCAAAACGAGUCCAAAGUCUAUAAUAUUAUUAUAUGCGAAGUCGAAACUAUCUCCGAUCGUGAUCAUCUCUCUUCUUUCCAAUGCGGGGUAACCAAAAAUUUGCUCUCUCUAUCUCUCCGGCAUCAAAUAUAGUCUCGAGUGUUUUUGAUAUUGUCAUUUCGCGUCUGACAUUUUGUCUCAUGGAUUUUUAACUUUGAUUUGUCACAUUUUGAAGAUGAUAUCCUUCGUGUGCGUGUAAUGCGGCGUGUGUGUGUGCAUUUCUUUCUCACUUAGUGAGUGCUCCCCAUCUCGUUUUCUGUCUCCUUCUCUCCUCCAAAGCCGGUCUACCCCCGUUGCGAUGUGGCUGAGCGUCGCGCGCUCGUUCUACACCACGCACGGUGGGCCCUCUCAAAAAAUGUGUGCGUACCGGGUUGUAUUGUUAUAUCCCCAGGGACUAAAAGAACCAUCUCCGAAUUUCCUCCUCCUUGUCCUCUCAUCUUUAGCGGGUUUUGUAUGUUUUUUCGUCGUCAAAUCACAAUUCGUAUUCCUGUCAUUACGCAUCUCCUUCCAUCUCGUUUGUGUUAUAUGUAUGUAUGUGUCAUGAUGUGUUGUAUACUAUUUAUAUAAUGUAAUUCUGUAAUUUUCUGAAAGAUUUCUAUAUGAUCAAAAUCUCGUCUUUUCCCCCACUCUGAUGUGCAUUUCCCAAGCUCUCAGUCCGAACGGUGUAGCUUUACGUUGAAAAUUCAUUCAUCCAUCGAAUCCAACCGGUUUUGUCUCUUCAUAAUCAUCUUCCGCAUCCGAUCAUCAUUCAUAUGCCAUUCGAGAUGUGAACCGUGUUUCGCGUUUUGUCCUCUUUUUCUUCUUUACACACUGUUGUAACAUUCUCUCUCACUUCUUCUCUCGCCCGCUGCAGGUGUUGGGGGCGGAGCUGUCCCACCCCACCCGGACGCGGCCCCCGUGCUCCCCCAAACUCUGUUGUCUCUUGUCAGUAUUGUCACCGUGCAAGAGUGCCCUGGCUCACCACUAGUUUGUACAUCUUAGGCACGAACUCGAUGAGCCGGGUGCGCUUUGUUGGAUGCUGACGUCAGAGCUAGAAAAGGACAAUUUUUCUGAGUAUUUCAAAAUCUAAAUGGUCCCGCGCUCCGACGUCAACAUCCUCCGACGCAUCGCCUUUCCACUUACUUGUCAACCACAGGUGCAGCAUUGUAGAUUUCUAUAUAUGGUCGAUGAUUGUGUAUUUCUGAAAAGAUAGUCGUCAGUGUGAUCUGUACAUAUAUACUCCUUCCUCCCAUUCAAUACAUUCUUCUCCUACUAGGGGCGCAUCUCGUACAAUCUCCUCGUCGUCUGGUGUGUGUGUGUUUUUAAAAUCGUGCAUAUAGAGCAUUUGCGUAAGUGACAGACCCGUUGUGUGACACAGAUUUCAGACAUUUCAUACACUUCAUCAUUUUCCUUUUCUUUGUUUCUCAACAUGAGACUCCUUAGGGCCUUCUUCAGCGUGUACAAAGGGUUCUAUUUUUUGUUUGUGUUUUAUAUAUGUGUUGUAUUAUAGCCUAUCCUUUCCCCCAGUCAAUCACACCCUUACAAUCAAUGCAAACCCAUCCAUCCAGUUGAAUUCCAUACAUUUUUAUUAUUUCGAUAAUCAGUCGAUAGUGUGUUGGCUAAUAUAUCGAUAUAAAUAUUCUAUUAUCGGUCUUGCAACUUAUAAAGAAUAAAAUGUUGAAC